GUCCUCUGCCACCACGAGAGCUUCACCACGUGAUGUAACAUGUGCACAGAUUGUAAAGCCCUCUGAGGCACAUGUGUAACUUGUGAUUCUGGGCUCUACACAAUAAACUGAACUGAAUCACGAGUUGCCGUGACGUAACGCCCGUGACGUCACGCCGGUGACGUCUCCGGGGCAUCCCCGUCGGGCGGACCAGACUUCGGCACGGGAAGCAGGAGAGAACCAGACGUCUCCUAAACAUGGCUCUGAACCGGAAUCAUUCGCAAAACGGCGGCGUUCUGAUCAACAACGGAGAAAGUGUCGUAAGGGAAUGUAAGAAUGUGGAGCUGUCAUUCACUGAUGUCUCCGGCAAGACAGACCUGCUCAGGGGGACCAAGAAGGGCACCAUCUACCUCACACCCUACAGGUUGAUGUUUGUGUCCAGCAAUACCAAGGAUUGCUUGGGUUCCGCCAUGUUCCCCUAUUAUCUGAUGAAGGGCUGCAGCAUUGAGCAGCCAGUCUUUGCAGCAAACUACAUUAAAGGGACCGUGUCAGCUGAGCCUGGUGGUGGCUGGGAGGGCCAGGCCCAUUUCAAGAUGUCCUUCCCCAGUGGAGGAGCCAUAGAAGUGGGACAGCAUCUCUUCAAACUGGCUACAAAUGCUUCUCGCGGCGCUCCUGCACAAAACGGCGCUGCGGCUUACGGCUAUCCUUCACCUGGAAUGAUGAAUGGCUACGGCCCACCUCAAGCUGCUCCUCCUGCAUAUCCUUACCCAGCCCCCACCCAGCAGAAUGGAUUCUACCAGGGCCCUACUCCUGCUGCUCCAAACAUGGGUUACCCCCAUCCAACAGCUGCUGCAGGAAUGUACCCAUCUGGAUUUGACUAUAUGGCCCCACCUCCCCCCUAUCCUGGGCCUCCCCAAAAUUGGGUUGCACCCCCCCAGAACUGGGCAGCAACACCACCACAACCACCUCAAGGUAACUCCAAGGCGGCUGAAGCAGCUGGCAAUGCGUACUACAAUCCCAGUAACCCACACAAUGUCUACAUGCCCAUGGAGAGGCCUCCACCAUAUGCACCUUAUCCAAACUCUCCUGAGAAGAAAAGUAACUGAAGCUCUGGCACCAUCACUUCAACGACACUCCUCUCUCUUCCUCUGUAUCGUCAAUAAAUUUCUAAAGCAAGGGGUAAUGUCGGAGGAUACAGUACUUACUCCAUCAUAGAAUACCGAAAAGAAAAUGCAAGUAAUGGAGGGUUCAAAGAUGUCAGUGAUAAUUCACCAAUGAAUUAAUGAUGUUUUGGAUACAGGAAUAGCAUACAAAGCAAUUACAUCUUUUAAAUACUGUUUUCGCUUAUACUUAAAUUCAUUUAAAAGGAUUGACAACUUGUAACUCUAGCUAGACCCAUCAUUAUUAACAUUCUAAGUGAUUUAUUUCUGUCUAAUUCUCUAGCACGUAGGUUAGGGAACCUAAACUGUUCUUGUGAAGAGCUGAAAGUAGGAGGCAGUUUGGGGAUUGUAUUUUUAAGACCGAUUUAUUACCAAAACAUUUUCUGGCAAUUUCUUGAUUUCAGUUCCUGUAGUUCUUAACAAUAGCAACUCUUAUUAUACAAGGUAAAGUAUUUUUGCAGUAUCAUUGAUGGUGCAGUGUGUGUGUCUCCUAUACAGUUUUUGCGUUGAGUUGUUGUCCAUAUAUAAAACAAGAACUGGGUUGAAUCGUGUUUAGUAAUACAGUAUCUGACUGAUUCUCAUACUAUGACUAGCAAGAAUAGCGAGUUCAGGUUUCCCUAACAUAAGACAAGUGUGAUUCUACACUACAUCAUUGACAUUACAGUCAGAGUGAUUCCAUUCAUUGUAUGACCCAAAUCUCCCUGUCUUCAUCAUAAUAUUAUAUUAUGUAGUAGAGUUUUUUUUAUUUUUAUGAAAAGGAGCAGUGCAUUGUUUGAAAAAGGGGGAUCAGAUGGAGUUCUUACAAAACACGUCUACAGGAUGUAUGUGCAAUAAUUCAACCUCUCACAAUAAGGUUAAAGGUGACGAGCUGGGGUUUUACCUGAAUGACCCCGUGCUCUACUGCUACAGUAGCUUCUAUUGUAUUCAUGUAUGCAACGCCAAGCUGAAACCGGAACUCUACUCUCUGUGUAUUUACACUAGUGUGGGGUUACAAGGCCACGCUGUUAUAUUAAGGGCCCGACAGUGUUCAGCCUGCUGUUGAAACUCCUGAAUGCAAACCAUUUAUUCCUGAUUUAAAAGUGGGCUGAGGAGCCAACAGACCGUGGAGUCGCAUCAGUUAACAACUGUUUGAAGGACUAUUUGCACACAGUUGAAGUGAUAAGAGGAUUUUUCUGAGUGUUUUAGUUUGCUUGAAUUAAUCAAAUGUCUGUAUAUUAAUAUCUCUUUUGCAGUUCUUAUUAUUUUGCUGAAUUUUGUCUGUCAAUUCAAAUCUAAUAAAUGAGUCAUUUAUUGAA